AUGCCAUCUAUUAGAAUGAUGCUUGCACAUGAAUUUGGCAAUGAACAUCGUAGUGGUUUAAACAACAGAUGCAUUCAUUGUGCUCAUCUGCAAUGCGAAGAAGGUGAAGUUGACGAAGACCAUACAGAUGAACAUGAUAUUGAAGAAGUAGUUGGCGAAGAAGACUUGAUAAAAGAAGAAAUUGAAGUCGAAAAAAUUAAACAAGAAGAAAUUAGAGAAGAAAUGAUUUUUCAAUAUCCUCUGAACGAACAACAUGAUUCUAACAAAUAUAUACUUCCUGGCUAUGUAAAUGUUAACGAAUGGCCGUUGUCACCUUUAUCGGAAGCGACAAUAAAAGAUGAAAUCUAUGACUGGGAAUAG